ACAGACUCUCUUCAACACAUCAACAUUGUUGGCUUCCUGGGGGACUUCACUUAAUCAUCAUGUUGUUUUCAUCUUCAUGAAGUUCAUCACAGGAGGCUCUAUUGCUAGCAUCCUUCACAGUUCUCUACCGCACUUAGGUUUGGCACACUGCCUGAGCGAGCCCUGGCUCUACACUCAUCAGAUCCUUGAAGGGGUAACCUACCUUCACUUGAACAGGGUUCAGAAGUCAGAUAUAGUGAGCGUGGGCUGCAAAAUCUUUGAAAUGGCCACAGAAAAACCACUACCUGGAAACAUGGAUAAAAUGGCUCUUGUUCUACGUUGGAGCUCAAAAAGGGUUGAUGACAUCAAAAACUAUUUUCCAAAAGUU